CAACCGGAAGCUAAAUGUUUAACGUCCGUUGCUCAGGUGGAUGUUGUUAACGACCGUUUGUCUGUAGAGCUUCUUCUCCUGGACUUGGUCACCUCUUCACUCCUACAGGCGAGACAAAUCAGUCAUGGCUUCCACGGCGCCCAUUAAGAUUGGAAUAAUUGGUGGUUCAGGCCUUGAUGAUCCAGACAUCUUGGAGGGAAGGACUGAGCGAUAUGUCGAUACACCGUAUGGAAAGCCAUCUGAUGCCCUGAUACUGGGGAGGAUAAAAAAUGUGGAAUGCGUGCUGCUCGCAAGGCAUGGGAGACAACACACCAUAAUGCCAUCCAAUGUGAAUUACCAGGCCAACAUUUGGGCCCUGAGAGAAGAGGGCUGUACACAUCUCCUGGUGACCACGGCCUGUGGCUCACUCCGGGAGGAGAUCCAGCCAGGAGACAUUGUCAUCGUAGAUCAGUUCAUUGACAGGACUACCAAGAGAGCUCAGACACUUUAUGACGGACAGCCAACCAGUCCUCCCGGCGUGAGUCAUAUCCCGAUGGCUGAGCCUUUCUGCAACAGAACCAGAGAUGUUUUGGUGGACGUGGCCCGGAGUCUGGGUAUCAAGUGCCACGUGCGAGGGACCAUGCUGACGAUCGAGGGGCCCCGCUUCUCCGCGCGGGCAGAGAGCCUGAUGUUCCGCCAGUGGGGCGCCGACGUCAUCAACAUGACCACUGUGCCCGAGGUGGUCCUCGCCAAGGAGGCCGGCUUGUGCUAUGCCAGCAUCGCCAUGGCAACAGACUACGACUGUUGGAAGGAACACGAGGAGGCGGUCUGUGUUGACAACGUGAUGAAGACGAUGAAGGAGAACGCCAACAAAGCCAGCAGUAUCCUGCUGACUGCAAUACCGCAGAUUAGUCAGAUGGACUGGGCUCAGACAAUGAAGACCUUGAAAUCAAUGGCACAAUCUUCAGUAAUGUUACCAAAACACUAGAAUACAAUAAAGUAGAAAAGGAAUCCGAGACGCCACCUGCACCGACUCCGACACGGACAACAGACUCGACUCUGCCUGUGGAUUUGUCAUCAGUGAAUCACAAAAAAAAGUGCCUCACAUAAAUAAUGCAUGUGCUGUGUUUUCAGCUGGAGUUUCACUGUUUUUCCCCCCUGACUCAAACAUAAAAAACUCCCUCUUCGUUUUCAUCAACACGUCACCGUUUCUCUCUGGAAGCCUUCAAUCCAAUCACAUGUUGAAGUAUAAAAACACUCAACAAAAUAUUUUAAAUCUAACUUUCUAGAUUUUAUUUUCCGUUGUCUGUAAACAUUUCAAAUUUACAUACAUAUACUUUUUGCCAGUAAACCAUUGGUGUCUUUAUUGCUAUUUGUGUAAUAAAAAAAUAUUUGCAAGUGCAGCACAUGGAUAUUUAGUUUCUGCCUUCGUCAUUUACUUUAAAAAGUUCAAGCCAAUGUCUGGAGCACAACAAUGGCUUCAGCAAAAUGUUGUCAGGAUCAAAUCUUGUUAUUAACACUGGGAGUAUUUCUAUCUUAUCGGGCAACAUUUUGAUAUUUUUGUGGUUCUCAUUUGUUUUUAUUUGUUUGUCAUGAAUAUUUUCAUGUGCCACAUGAAUCCAAAAAAUUAAAUUUAGCAGCAUUUCAUUGAUAUAUCAUCGUAUCAGAUCUGCAACUUUUCCAGUAGCUACUAUUAAAACGGUUGACAGUAUAUGAAAAACGUACAGUGACUGUCUCUAUAGACACUGGUGAGACACUUUUGCACAUACAAUAUUUGAUAUAUUGUCAAAUUCAUCACCAUCUAAUGAAAUCAACAUUUUCGUGUUCAUUUUUUUCUUAUCUCAACCUCAUCACUCUGCACACUAUCUAAAAAAAGUUGGUCUCCUUGUAUUUCCUAUUUUGGAUAUAUCUAAAUAUAUAUUUAUAUCUAUAUAUAUAGAUAUAGAUAUAUAUCGAACACUAUCAACAUAUUGUGCAGCAUGGAGUGGAAUAAUGUUGAGCCUGUGCAAAAUGGCAAGUGUUUGAAAAGAGUAAUGUUUUAGAAUUAGAGUUAAAAAAUGGGAAUUACAAAAAAGAAUGUAAGGAUGAAUAAAUGACGUAUUUAUAUCCUCUGGAA